AUGUUUUUAAGCUAUCGCUCGUUGACUUUGUAUCGUCGAUCAUGCUAUAUAGGGAAUAGCAGCGGCAACCUUUCGGACUUAUUUGUUGAAGUGAACAACCCUAAUUUGAACGUAGCGGGCGAAGUUUUGUCCGAAAUGCCUAGUGCUAUUUUUCCAAGUCAAAAACCAUCGCUGUUAGUGGGAGUUAAACUCCCACGGUCGAAAUCUGAAUGGGACAGGGCAAACGAAUAUUUUCGUAUGCAGAUAAACACUUCUAGGGAACUAAGAAAUUUGAAUAUGGAAAUCGAUCAUUUGAAUGGAACUAUGUGGGCGUAUUUUAGUGCCAAUUAUGGCCAAGUUAAAGCUAGGAACGAUUUCAAUCACUAUAAUAAUAUGUCAAAAUCGAAGUUAAAGAAAUGCCUCAGAAACCUUAAACUCCAAAACGGCAAACUGGAAGAAAUAAAAUAUGUCAGUAGAUUGUUGCGGAAGAAAUUGCGCUCACAUGUUCAGCGUAAUUAUGAAGAAGAAUUAAGUAAAGAUUUUUGGAAAUUUUGUAAAAAAGAGUUUGAAGAAUCAGAGACACAAGAACCAAAUUUUGACGAAUCGUCCUGCUAUGAUUAUUUUAGAAAUAUUUUCUUCGAAAAGAAUAAAAACCGAACAUUCAACCUUCCCUCUUGGCUUAAACCAUUUCCAGUGCCAUCGAGCAAUUUCGACCUGGAAUGUCCAACUUACCAAGAAAUAACGAAAAUAAUUCGGAAAAUGAAAAGUAGUGGUUCUCCUUGCCCUAUUGACCAAAUAAGUAUUAUUCCUUUUAAACGGUGCCCCAUCCUGAGAACACAGCUUUGGAGACUCCUCUCGAAAUGCUGGACCGAAAAAUAUAUUCCGACUAUCUGGAAACGUGCUGUUGCGGUAUUCAUUUACAAAAAGGAUUCACCUGACAAUCCUGCUAAUUGUUUUAGAGCCAGUCAUGUUGAAAGUUUUCACCUCUGCGAUAAGGAACAAAAUUUUCAAAUUCGUGCGCGAUAA